AUGGCUUUCCACCAAGACAAUGAAAGUAAUCGCCAAGUCAAAAACCCAAUGAACCUCACCAUCAACACACUUGCUGCUGCUGGCACCAACAACAAAAUCAACAGCAACAACAACAGGCAAAAUCGAUUCCCAUUUUCGUCGCCUAUCACAGAUGAAAUUCCUAGUCCGGAGCAUUCAAGCGGCAGCGAAAACAGUUCAAAGCCAAAACCAAAACUUGUGAAUACUGGUCUUGCAGGGAUUGCCGGCGAGGGGUUGAAUUUACAUGCUGAUUCGGCCUUGUCGAAAACGGAGUUUGAGCGUGCUCUGAAGGCGCGGUUGUUGGAGCAAGAGAAUAAUAAUUCAAGGCUCGAGAUGGCUACUAUUACCAGUCACCAGCAACAACGGCUGGCGGGGUUGCAGUUAAUGACCGACUUCGCAGAUGACGUUGAGAGUGAGAAAGGCACGUUUCUGGAUCUGAGUGAUUUGAAAUCGAUUGCCAAUGCACGCGAGAAAGAGCGGUUGAGGGAGUAUAAUUCUUCGUUGCAGUCACUACCACAACCCGUGCCUGCGAGGACGUCGGAGUUAUCGCCGUCUGAUAGACCUAUAAUGAUCGGUUUGACAGUGCCGUAUGACGAAUCGACGUUUCGUGGAGCACCAGCAGCGACGAGAAGAGGAGAUACAAUCGACAGCGCUUCAUCGCGCACCCCCGUUACACCCUCGAUAGUCGUGACUCCUGCCAGAGAGAAUCCGCCCUGGCACAUGGACAUGCAGAUGGAUAUGAGCACCAGUCCCGAAAUGCUGCACAGACCUCGCGCAGCGUCAAGUAUCUAUUCCCAACCUUCGCCGAAGCCGAUGUACGACGAAGAUGCGCCGCCUGUGCCUGCCAUUCCCGCUUUUCAUUCGGUCACCUCUUUCCAUCAUGAUCGCCAUAACCGGCGUGAUUCGACGGAAAGAAUAUGA